AUGACUGAUCCCUCUGGGAGCGGUGCAUCUGGCUCUACGCCAAGAGCAAUCGCAAGCCUCGCAAAGAAGCAGAACGACGUGACCAGGCUCGGGGCGCACAAGCUCAAGUUCGUGCCCACGUUACCCACCAGGCGGAAGAAAGAAGAUGUCAAAAAAGAAGACGUCGCGGCACCGCCACCCUCUGCAGACCGUGGCAGGGGACGUGGGGAUCGUGGUCGCGGACGUGGGCGGGGGCGCGGCGGGGAGGGCAGAGGGGCGGCGCCUCGUCCCCAGGUGGAAAUGACUGCUAGCGGCCCAUUCGCCAUGGGUCCAGCUAUGGCGGGGACGUCCGCCCGACGUACUGCACCCCGAUCCAAUUUCACGCCCAUCGUCCCACAGGGCCUUGCCGGAUCCACGAAGCUCGGGCAGGGCCUUACACAGACGAAGGCGCCUACGCUGAAGAAGGAGGAGCUGGAUGAGGACAAUGAAGAGGUGUAUUCGGACCCGGACGAGGGAGUGGAGAUCGUUGAUAUGGACAAUAUCAAACUGAUGGAUUUCAUGGCGCCGGAGAGCCUGGCGAGGGAGAGAGCCGCGGGAAAGAAGAAGAAGGGGCCGAAGGUCAAGAGAGCGGAUGCGCAUGUUGAUAGGAAAGGCAAAGGUGUAGCGAAAGACGAGCCGAUGGAGGUAGAAGAAAAGGGCACACCAGAGGUCAACAUGGCCAACGCCGUCGACCUCAGCGAAAGCGAGGAAGAGGAAGAACUGGAAGACAUUAUAGACGAUUUUGCUUUGGCCCAUGACAUGAACGACGACACGAAUAUUCGGCAAGAACGUCUAUAUUUCUUCCAAUUUCCUACCCCCUUUCCGACUUUUGUCUCGGCCUCGACUGAACCACCAGACUCUGGUAUGGCUGAUGACACUCACGAAGAGGAUGGCGGGAAAAAGGUCACCUUUGCUGACGACACUAAGCCUCCAGCACCAAGUGCUCCAGGAACACCUGGUCCGUCUGCACGCGCGAAGACCGAGAAGGAGAAGGAGCCGGAGAAGGAGAAGGAGAAGGAGGAACCAAAAGUCGACGGCGUUAUUGGCCAGCUCGAAGUAUAUCAGAGCGGCGCUGUCAAGAUGCGGUUGGGCAAUGGCAUCGUGAUGGACGUCACCGCUGCAACACAGCCAUCAUUUCUGCAACAGGCCGUAUAUCUCGACCCGACGAACAAACGCCUAUGCGUCCUCGGAGAGGUGAACCGUCGAUUUGUCGUCUCUCCCGACAUCGAGACGCUAUUGACGAGCAUGGAGAUCGCGGAACAACCUGUAACGUUUGAUCUGGGCGAGGACUUGAUUUCCAUGGACACUACAUGA